GACCGGCGGGGCGAGUCGCGUUUUCGAUGCUCGAGUCCGCGAAUUGUUAGACGGUGCCGCCGCAGUGUCGUGCCGACCGUCGCCGCGAUCACCGCACGCCCGCGUUCACAAUCGCAACUGACGCCUCCCCCCCGCCACUAAAUCCGCCGAUCACGAUUCGCCGACCAACGAGAGAACAUUUACGCGACGAUCCGUGUUCAACAGGAAAAAAAUGGUUUCGUCGCGAAGCCCGAAGUGUGCGAACUGAUAUCGCGCGCGCAGGAUUUUCCGACAGCCCGCCUGCUGUUCGUUUAUCGUUUCCCCUCCCCCUCCUCAACAUCGUCAUUUUCACGACCACGUAGCAAUACGUCAGGAGGUCCUCUGCGUCAGCGAACCGACGACCGUAUAGCGCACACGACACGGUCACGACCGCUGCGCUACAACAAUGACCGUAACUUACACGGCGGAGGUGGCCACGUGCCGCGGUUUCGGAUGUUUUCUGAAAUUGCUGAUGAGGUGGCGAGGUAGUAUAUACAAAUUAGUGUGGCCAGAUUUAGCCGCAUUCCUUAUUUGUUAUUAUACUCUAAAUUUUACGUAUCGUUUUAUGUUAAAUGAACAACAAAAACGAAUAUUUGAAAGCAUAUCGGAAUAUUGCGAAACGUACAGCGAUUUGAUACCAUUGUCCUUUGUACUGGGAUUCUACAUAUCUAUAAUAAUGCAAAGAUGGUGGGACCAAUAUUGUUCGAUCCCGUGGCCCGACCCGAUAGCGGUUUAUGUGAGCUCACAUAUUCAUGGACAGGACGAACGAGGCAGAUUAAUGAGACGGACGAUAAUGCGAUAUGUUUGUUUGGGAUUGACUAUGGUGUUCACCAGUAUAAGUCCAAGAGUAAAGAAACGUUUUCCUACACUAGAUCAUUUCGUUGAAGCUGGUUUAUUAUUGGAAAACGAAAAAACAAUAAUACUAGACUUGAACGACAAAUUCCCUAGACAUUCCAAACACUGGUUACCGAUCGUGUGGGCGGCAAGUAUUGUGACCCGGGCCAGGAAAGAAGGACGAAUCCGAGACGACUUUUCGGUCAAAACUAUAAUCGAUGAAUUGAAUAAGUUCCGCGGCCAAUGCGGUUUACUGCUCAAUUAUGAUUCAAUAAGUGUGCCUUUGGUUUACACACAGGUCGUCACGUUAGCUGUUUAUUCGUUUUUUAUCACAACCGUGAUGGGACGACAGUGGUUGGAAAAACCUCUGAACGAAAACUCGUUCACGGCAAAAUCAUCGGGAUCGAGCCCGCCGCAUUACAAUUACAUCGAUUUGUAUUUUCCAGUGUUCACUACUCUGCAAUUUUUCUUUUACAUGGGUUGGCUCAAAGUGGCCGAAUCACUGAUCAAUCCGUUCGGAGAGGACGAUGAUGACUUCGAAGUCAAUUGGAUCGUUGAUCGUAAUGUCCAAGUGUCUUAUCUGAUCGUCGACGAGAUGCAUCACGAGCAUCCAGAACUAAUCAGAGAUCAAUACUGGGACGAAGUGUUCCCGACGGAAUUGCCAUAUACAGUGGCCGCGGGCGAACGUGAACGACAUCCCGAACCGUCGACGGCCAAUAUAGCAGUGUCAGACGCAGAUGCGGAGUAUUCAAUGCCGCCCAAAGGUUGCGACGACGGACAAACUCUUGAUGAAGAUGACGCAAACAGCGGCAUACACUUCGUAGCAAGCGCGGGUAGCUACAAGAGAUCAAACAGUCUACUGCGCGGGCGGCCGGUAUCGACGCACAGCUCUUCCGAUCAACCCAACCACUUGAACAAUCACAGCGUGGCCAGUUCACUCAAUCGCGUUGGUUCGGUAACGUCCAUACUGAAGAAUCUGUUCAAGCGCACCGGCACUUCUGCCCAGUCGACCACUGACGGGUUGCUAUCAAGAGUAUCAAGCAGCAAUAGAUUUCCCGGCAGUAGCUGGCAGAGUCAAGAAAGUCUGCAAAGUAGUAGUAGCAAAUUAUUGCAACAACAGUUCGGGAGUGUCCGCAUCGCCGAUCAGGUUAUAGAAGAGCUUGACGAGCAGAUGACGAUUACAGCUGGAGGCAGACUGGAAAAACGUAAUGAGAAGCCGAACGUGCGUACAGUGUUUCCUCCGCAGCCACCGUUGCCCAACGAAUCAGCGUCGUCUAAUUUAUCGAACAUCACUUACACUGAAGUAUUAUCAGUGAACGAUGAGUUUGGAAAUAAACAAAGCGAUCAAUUGGUACGUAGUGACAGCGACAGCAGUAAUCGUCACACUCCCAGUACGUCUAGUUUGAUAUUUGUCGUUGAUCCAGUAACCAGCGAAACUGCGGCAAACAACUCUCCUAAUAGUAGAACUUCAUCAGUCACCAACGAUAAUGAAACAUCAAGACGAACACCCGAACAUCAUGACUAGUAUUAUUUCUUAAUAAUGGGCUAGUGUUUUGUGAAAAUAAAUAGUUAAUUUUGUAAUUAUGAAC